AGUUUUGGGCUGACGGAAGAUCCAGGCUCCUCCCUCUGGCUCUGGCGCGGGACCGGAGAGAGGCAGCGAAGGAAGGAGACCGCACAGGCCGGAGAGUCAGCGAAUCGCGCUGUGUCUCUGGCCCGUCCGGGCUGUGAGUCCUGCAUCGCCAACCUGGCGGGGACGGCACUCCGGGCGGCUCGCCCGGGCGGUAGGAGGCGGCAGACGGGAUGCAGCCGGGUCGCCGCCUGAGCGCCCCUGAUGGCCCGCCGUGGAGAGGCCUGCGGGAGCGAUGCGCGGCUGCUGCUGGGCCGGGACGCAGUGCGGGCGGCGCCCGCGCUGCUGGUCCCCGCGGUGCUGCUGGGCGCCGCGCUGGGCCUGGGCCUGGGCCUCUGGAUAGGCUGCCGCGCCAUCCGCCGGCGGCCAGGACAACAGGUGGACGACACUCGAAGUCUGCUCAAGAACCUGGAGUCUAACACACAGGCCCCCUCGGAAAACGGCUCCCCGGCCAGGCGGAGGAAGAGAGGAGCACAGACUUGGAAGGAGGCGGAGGCUCUGGGUGAACACGAGCCGUCUGUCAACAGCAAUGUCACAGCAUUUGCCCUGAAGGCCAAAGUCGUCUAUCCCAUCAACCAGAAGUUCCGGCCGUUGGCCGAUGGUUCCUCCAACCCGUCUCUGCACGAAAAUUUGAAGCAGGCGGUCCUGCCCAACCAGCCGGUGGAGGCAUCACCAUCCAGCAGCCUGGGGAGCCUGAGCCAGGCCGAGAAGGAUGACUGCAGCUCCUCGUCCAGCUUGCGCUCAGCCACCAGUGACGACCGGUUCCUCAGCCGUUCCUUCCUUCGGGUGGACAGCUUCCCUGAGCUGCUGGCCUGUGAGAGCGCUGACCUUGACCUGUGCAUCUAUAACCUUCACUUAAAAGACCUGCUAGAGCUGGACACGGCGCUGAGGCAGGACGAGCACUUGAUGUUUAUUCAGAUUUUAAAAAUGUGCCUCUUUGACAUUUUUCCAAAAAAGAAGUCUGAGGAUGAAUUCUACCAGAAGAUUCUUUCAAAACAAGAAAAUGAGUUGCAGGACCUGGAAAGGGGGCUGCGGGUCAGACUGUCGAACACAGAGAUGCUGUGCACUGGCGACUCCGAGUUCGUCACCCUGGCGGACGUGGAGAAGAGGGAGCGAGAGUGGUCUGAGCAGCUGACCGACAACAUGGAAGCUUUCUGGAAACAGAUGGAAAACAUCCAGCACUUGCUCGUGGACCAGUUUAAGUGUUCUAGCUCUAAAGCCCGACAGCUCGAGAUGAGUCUGACAGAAAGAAUGACCGCAGCGGAAGGGCGGCUGCGUGACUCCCAGGACCUGCAGGCUCUGGACGUCCUGGAGAGGACGAUGGGGCGGGCACACAUGGCAAAGGCGAUCGAGUCCCUGAAGCAGCAGGUCCAGGAGGAGACCAAGUGCCGGCUGGCCGCCAUCUCCCGCAGCCUGGGCGGGCUGACUGUUGAGGGGAGGCUGUCGGGGGCGCAGAAGGAGGAGCUGCUGACCCAGCAGCACAAGGCCUUCUGGGAGGAGGCUGAGCGCUUCAGCAGGGAGUUUGUCCGGCGAGGCAAAGAUCUGGUCCAGGCCUCGCGGGUUCGCCGGGCGGAGGGGACGGCCGCACUGAUGCUGGCCCAGGAGGAAGAGCGGAGGAGCUUCCUGGCAGAGUUGCCGCUGACCACUGACCCUGACGGGCUCCUGCAGGCUUUCCAAGAGGUCCUGGAGCGGCAGCGGGUGACACGCAGUGACCUGGAGGGAGAGGACGACUUCAGAACCGCCGAGGCCAUGGCUGCGCUCUGCCAGGAGCUGUUCCGCAGCACCGUGGAAGCACUCCAGGCAUUCGUGGACACCCUGUUCCUGCAGACGCUCCCAGGCGUGACCGGCCUCUCCUGGGACCAGAGCGGACGCCUGAGGCGGCAGGCGCAGGAGAACACCGCCCUGCAGCUGGGGGAGUCGGACCGCUUCCGGAAACAGCAGUGGAAACUGUUCCAAGAGCUCCUGGAGCAGGAGAAGCAGGUGUGGAUGGAGGAGCAGGGCCUGGCCGCUGCGCUGCAGACCCACUUGCAGGACGAGCAGGACAGCGUCACCCGCCACGUGCUGGACCGGCUGGGGGGCCUCAGCGACGAGUCCGCACGGUGGCUCCUGCAGGGGCACGACCUGCUGCUGCGCUCAGCCCUGCGGAGGCUGGCGCUCCGCGGCCACGCCGUGGCCACCCUGACCCAGAUGCGGCUGUCGGGGAAGAAGAGCCUUCUGCAGGAGCUGCGGGAGCAGCACGCCCUGGAGCAGGGCUCCUCCCAGUGCCUGGACGAGCACCAGUGGCAGCUGCUCAGAGCCUUGGAGGCGCGUGUGCUGGAGGAGACCAGCAGGCUGGAGGAGGAGGCGCAGCAGACGCGGCUGCAGCUUCAGCAGCAGCUCCUGGCCGAGGCCCAGGAGGUGGGGCGGCUCCUGCAGCAGCGCAUGGAGCGUGCCAUCGGGCAGGCGCUGCUGGGCCACGCGCGGACCGCGGCCACCAAGAGCCGGGCCAAGGACCGGGAGGACUUCAAGAGGACGCUGCUGGAGGCGGCUGUGGAGAGCGUCUACGUGACCAGCGCAGGCGUCGGGCGGCUGCUGCAGCCCUACUACCAGCAAGUGCACAGGGUCGUGCGGGACCACGAGGAGCGCAAACUGGAGCAGCUGAGGGCCCUGCAGGGAGAGAGGACGGAGAACUACAAGCUGCGGAAGAAGCAAGAACUCGGCAACCCUUCGUCCGCGGACCAGGUGGCGGGUGGGACUCGUGAAGCAUCCCCAGGCAUCCACCAGAGGAUGCGGGCGCAGCAGAGAAAGUUCCUGGCUCAGUUCACCGUGCACCAGUGCCUGCGCCUGGAGGCCUGGCAGCGGAAGGCCAGCGUCCUGGGCCUCCUGGAAGCGCAGCUGGAGACCCAGCUGCAGGAUGCCGAGCAGAGCUUCCUCUCCGAGCUGGCAGCCUUGGCCCGUGUGCCCCUCGCUGAAAGCAAACCGUCUUCCAGUAAGCGCGGGCCGUCGGAGAAGCCUGUGAGGACCAAAAGGAAGAAGCCCCCGCUCCGGGAGAGAGGGGGCCUCGGGGGGCCCAGCCACGACGACCCUGCGCCUGGGGAACACCCCUCAACGUCACUCAGCAAAAGGCUGAGCCAGCAGGAAAGUGACGCGGCUGACGGUGAGAAUUCAAAGAAGAUGCUAAAGAGGAGAAGCAACUUGUAGCUGAAGGCCUUCCACUGGGGGUCGCACAGAAGCCCUGACCGGGGUGUACAGGCCCCUCCGCCCCCGUGAGAGGCCCACCCACCCGGGGACAGACGGCAGGCCUCCCUGCCAUCACGGGCUAGUCAUGAGGGGCAGAGAACAGACGUCAAAGUGCCUGAGAAAGCUUGAGGGAGUGUGGCAGACCUGCCAACAGUCAGACACCCCAUGCUGGACACCUUGGGAGCUUCGCCCUCUCAGCUCUGUCCCUUGGGGUCUCUUCCUGGCUGUCUGCACCUCCCAGCACCAUGCACUGGAGCCCCCAAAACCCGCCCUCCACAGGGCAAGGCUCUCAGUCCUCUCAGGGCAGCUCCGUGGGAGCGGGGGGUCUCCAGGCAUUGCUGCUGUUUUCUGGGUCCCCGUCCUCCGCCCCAUGAACCGUGGCCUCCGGUUGCCAUCAGGACUCUUCAGGGCCCACCCCUGCCCAUCCUGGGCUCGGCCAGCAGCUCAGGCCUGGUCACUGGGGUCCGAGCCUCACGGCCCCACGACCCCACGACCCCAACACAGACAACUCCAGACAGCACCCCCUUACCAUGGAGGAAUGUUCCGGGGGCACCGCUGCCCCAGUGGACAGUGAGAAUGUCCAGAAACUUCCAACCAGCCCACAUAGAGCACUGCCAGGAGAGGUCUUUCCCACCCAGAAAGAAAACUGCUCUUUUCAUCAAAAACGGGGAUUCUCAGCCUCGGCACUGUGGCCAUUCUGGGUGAGACGACACUUUGGGGAGGGGAGCGUCCUGUGCACGGUGGGAUGGUAGCAGCACCCCGGGCCCUGCGCACCAGACACCAGCAGAUCCCUACCGUGACAGCCAAAAAUGCCUCCAGUCACUGCCGGAUGUCCCCAGGGGCUGUCCCUCCCUGAUCUAAGGCCAUCCCGCUGGAGAGCUGGGUGUUUCCACAAAUUCCCUGAACACGGUGGGCUCUAGGCACCAGGGGCUGCUGUCUCGGGGAUUCUCCAGACUAUUUAGGACCUGAAUUUUUACUUCUCUUAGCCUGAAUUACUCUCCUAGGCAGGAAAGACUGGCUCCUUAACAGAAAUAACCCACAAUAAAGGCAUCUGCCAGCCCUGACCUCCCGACACCGGUCGGCAGCCAGGAUUCCCAAAGCCGACCGACAGCCCCGCCUUGUGGCAAAAUAAAACAUCUCAUUGUU